AUGGCCACUACGACGGGAACUGAAGGAGCAGGAUCCGGAUCCACCGGUGCGGGUGCCGGAUUGGCUGCUGGUGCGAGUACGGGAUCGGUUGCCGGUGCCGGCGGCGGAGCAGGAGCCGCCCAUGGUGUUUUUCCAUUUGCUGGUAUGCAGUCCUCGUUCAUCAUCAACCCCCCCAAACCCCAACAACGAACGUAUGCUGAUAUUGCUUCUGCGCUGGAGGAUCAUUUCAAUCCGGAGCCGCUUGAAAUUCUGGAAAACUUCAGAUUCAAGUGCCGGCGCCAAGGGGAUGACCGUCCAGAUGAAUCCAUCGACGAGUACCUGAUCGCCCUACGGAAGAUAGCCAUCACGUGCAAGUUUGGCGAUUACGUCAACACGGCGUUACGCAACCAAUUCCUUUUUGGACUCAAGGACCGAACCAUCCAAGCUCGUUUGUUGGAAGUACGGAACCUGACUUUGAACCGGGCUCGAGACAUGGCGGUUUCCAUGGAACUGUCUUCUAAGGGAGGAAGAGAGAUCCAAUCCAGGCAGGACAGACCGGACGUCAACUUGGUCGAUCGUCAGAGGAGCUACAAAGUGCAGGCCUAUUCGGAUGUUCAUGCGCUUGCUGCUGCUGCUGUUCUGGUUCCGGGAAGGGUAACUACCAAACUGCCGAAGGUUCCUGCAACGAUUGCUGCUGCUACAUCGGUUCCGGAGCGUGUUCCUGCUGAACUACCGAAAGUUUCUACUGCUGAUGUCAAAGCGCUGGUACAGAGGUACGCGAAUCUCUACGACGACUCUAUCGGGAAGAUUAGAGGAUUGUCUGCAAAGUUACGCCUGAAGCCGGAUACCGUUCCAGUUUACAUCAAGGCACGACCGGUGCCGUUUUCUCUUCGUGGUGCUGUUGAACAGGAGUUGGAAAAGCUGGUGAAGGAUGGUGUCCUAGAAAAGGUCAACCACAGUGCGUGGGCCACGCCCGUAGUGCCGGUGAUGAAGGCCAACAAUCGGGUAAGAUUGUGUGGCGACUAUAAAAUAACAGUCAACCUAAACUUGGUCGUCGACGAACACCCGCUGCCAACUAUGGAGGAACUAUUUGCCAACGUUGCCGGAGGAGAUAAAUUUUCAAAGAUUGACCUAACUCAAGCCUAUCUACGGCUUGAAGUUGAGGAAGAGGAUCGUGAGGUUUUGACUCUGAUUACGCAUAAGGGUCUGUACCGGCCAACGCGAUUGAUGUACGGGGUCGCGUCUGCGCCAGCGAUAUGGCAACGGUUGAUGGAGGAGAUCUUGAGCGGAAUACCGGGCGUUACUGUAUUUCUCGAUGAUAUUCGUGUUACGGGCCCCAAUGAUCAAGAGCAUCUACGCCAACUGACGGAGGUACUGAAGCGCCUCAGUGCUUACAAUAUGCGAAUCAAUAUCGACAAAUGCCAGUUUUUCACCGACGAAAUAGAAUACUGCGGAUACCGAAUCGACAAAACCGGUAUUCAUAAGGUCCGUUCAAAGGUUGAGGCACUUCAAAACAUGCCGACACCUGCGAAAAAAGACCAAAUACGGACAUUCGUUGGGUUAAUAAAUUACUACGGGAGGUUCUUUCCCAACCUCAGUACGACACUGUACCUGCUCAAAAAUGCUGUUCCAUUCGUUUGGACGAAGCAGUGUCAAGCGGCAUUCGACAGCGUGAAGCAGGAGAUGCAGUCAGACAGGUUUCUUGUACACUACAACCCAUCGCUACCAUUGGUCCUGGCAACUGACGCGUCACCGUACGGGGUCGGCGCUGUAUUGAGCCACGUUUAUCCUGACGGCUCGGAGCGACCAAUAUCGUAUGCUUCACAAACGUUGAACGCAACACAACAGGCGUACAAGCAGGUUGACCGGGAGGCAUACGCGAUAAUUUUCGGAGUCCGGCGAUUCUACCAAUACCUGUACGGCAGACGGUUCAUUCUGGUCACGGACAAUGAACCCCUGAAGCAAAUCCUGUCGAACACGAAGGGCCUUCCGAAAAUGUCAGCGCUAAGAAUGCAACACUAUGCGAUAUUCUUGCAAUCGUUCGACUACAGCAUCCAGUUCAGACCAACGAAACAACACGGGAAUGCCGAUGCGUUCUCGAGACUACCGCUGAAGGAGAAAGUACCGGACAACGUUAUCGAAGAGGUGAACAUGAUCGAGACUUUGCCGAUAACUGUUGAAGAGCUCGCGAAGGCCACCGCUGCCGAUCAUACCGUGAAGGCGUUGCUGGAAGGUUUACGAACUGGAAGAAGUAUUGAGCCGGGUCACCGUUUUGGAGUUGAUGAGUCGGAGUUCACCGUACAGAAAGGCUGUAUUCUGCGCGGGAUUAGAGUGUACGUUCCCUCGAGUCUGCGAAAUAGAGUUCUCAGCGAACUGCACUCAACACAUUUUGGUAUGACAAGACUGAAGUCUCUGGCUCGUGGCUACGUGUGGUGGCAAGGUAUCGACGGCCAGAUUGAGGAGAUGGUGCGAAACUGCAGUUGCUGCCAAUCGACGAGAGCUGAACCGGCCAAAGCCCCAACUCGCUGUUGGCAACAACCGGUGAGACCGUUUGAGCGCAUCCAUGUGGAUUUCGCGGGGCCGUUCAUGCAAAGCUACUUCAUUGUGCUGGUAGACGCGUAUACCAAGUGGCCUGUGGUCAAAAUCCUCAACAACAUCACAACAGCGACUACCAUACAAGUUUGCCGUGAAUACUUCGCUACAUAUGGGAUUCCCUCAGUCUUGGUCUCGGAUCAUGGCGUUCAGUUUACUUCUGAAGCAUUCCAGGACUUCCUUCGGAAGAAUGGCAUCUACCACAAGAUGGGUGCACCAUACCAUCCGUCUACGAAUGGAUUAGCGGAGAGGUUCAUCGGGACAUUCAAGGCCAAGCUCAAGAGUUUGAAGUGCGACAAGGCGAUGCUGCAAGCGGAGCUGUGCAACGUUUUGCUCACCUACAGGAACACCAUUCAUCCAGCAACCAGACAGUCUCCGGCUAUGAUGGUCUACAAUCGUCCGCUGCGGUCUCGUUUGGACUUGAUGAUUCCGAAUCCAGAAACUGCCAGAAAGGAUGUUACAGAGAAAGUACGAAGCAUUCCGAAGGGGGCGAGAGUUGCGGCUAGAGACUACAUUGACAGCGACAAGUGGAAAUACGGAGUCAUUGCUGAAAAACUUGGAAAAAGUUGGAUGACGGAAGAACAUGGAAAAGGCACAUCGAUCAGCUCAGGGAAGUUGGCUCCAGGUUGGAGAGCACCAGAGUACCGUUGCCGUGUGAGUUACCGAAUAUUCCAGCUGUAG